AUGGCGGAUCAUCCAGUUAGCAAACCAUUGCUAAAGCUUAAGCUUCUGGAAUCGCUGCGUGAGGGCGACUUUGCGUCACUGGACAGUCUGGUAAAGACUCAUUUCUUUCCAAAAAAUGACGUUAGCGUUAGAGAAGUUGCACAACUGAUUCUGCACUAUGCCGUCCAGGUUGCCCCUUUGCAACUGAUCAAGGACAUUUUGGCGCAUUGGCUCACAGACGAGGAAAUCAAGCUGGACAUCAACCAUGAGGACCCUGACGGUAACACAGCGCUUCAUUUGGCCGCGUACCAGUCGCGUGGGGAUGUGGUUAACCUGCUUCUGGACCAAUCAAACAUCAACGACUGCAUCCUGAACAAUUCCGGCCUACAGCCCAUCGAGAUGUGUAAGAACCUCAACAUCGCGCAAAUGAUGCAGGUGAGGCGCUCUGAAUAUCUAGGCGAAGUGGCCCAGGAGUUCCGGAGAGCAUUUGUAAACCGUGACUGUGAACAUUUGGAAGCAAUUCUAGCGAAACCCCGAAAUUCUGAACUUUUGGACAUCAAUGGCACUGACCCGCAAACUGGGGAUACUGUGCUGCACGAAUUUGUGAGGAAAAGAGACGUGGUGAUGUGUCAAUGGAUCUUGAGUCACGGAGGGGACCCUUUCAAAAGAGACCGCAGAGGGAAGCUUCCACUCGACUUGCUGGGCAAAGUUCCGCCAGCUAAUGAAUCCCCUAACUCUAGUCUGUCACCAGAACAACAGCUGAAGCGGAUGCUCGAAAAAGCUGCUCGCGAGCAGAGCGUAAUAGAGGUCGCUAACAGUCUGAACGAGCCGCCAACCUACAAGGGUUACCUGCGUAAAUGGACGAAUUUUGCCCAAGGGUAUCGUUUGCGGUGGUUUAUUCUGAGCCCCGAUGGUACUUUGUCGUACUACAAGGACCAGGACGAUACCAGAAAUGCGUGUCGUGGGUCUCUUAACAUGUCAACUUGCUAUCUACAUCUAGACUCUUCGGAAAAGCUCAAAUUUGAGAUUAUCGGCGGGUUCAACGGCACAGUCAGAUGGCAUUUGAAGGGAAACCACCCCGUGGAAACCAAUAGGUGGGUUUGGGCAGUUCAGGGCGCGAUACGCUUUGCCAAAGACCGUGAAAGAACAAUUAGAAAUGGCGGCAAUACUGUUACGAGUAGUUCUGCUCAUCCUGAACCAAAGAAUAAGUAUGCAGGCCACCAUCUAAAUGCCCCCAGUAGCCACAGUUUACACUCCUCUGUGGGUCGCCGACAGCGAACCCACCAACCCCAACGUUCCAUCAGCUCAAUUUCGUCCAUGUCGUCGGGGGACGCCGACUUGAACGAUAAUCUCACUAACAAAGGCAAGGAAUAUGUCACGAGGGUCAAGUCAGGGAGAACGUCGUUAGACGCAUGUGUCAACUCUGAGGACAACAAAUCAGUCAGCUCAAGAUCCAUCCGGGACAACGUGGAGAGUACAGAAGAUGUCGAAAGUGAACAAGAAUAUUUGAAGGAUGAGAUCACCGAGGAAUUUGAGGACGAAGACAUGAAGUUUGAGUAUGGUCCCCACCAUCAAGAAGUGUCGAUGAUCCAGAGGUCGAUAACUAUUGAGCUAAGUUCACUUGCAGAACUACUCGAAAACAAAGCUCCGGAUGCUGAUGAGCUGAAUAUGAUUAAAAAAUCCUUGAAAUCCUUGUCCUCCAACUUCGAAUCUUACAGUACCAUGUCGUCUGUUAGGGACAAGAAGCUCUUGAAGCUUCUUCAAAAGCAACGUGACGUUAAUCAGCUGUGGAUUAGGUCAGUGAAGGAGCUCGAACUGGAAUUGAUUGAUAAAUCAGAACGUUUGGCCUCGCUCGAUAUAGAAAGGAAAAAUCUCAAGAAACUGCUGCAGAAGAAGUUGCUGGAGAUCUCUGAAGGAGGGGUUCCCGCCAAUGACGCAACAAACAAAGAACGAGAUGUUCACGACGGCAAUGUUGUCGGAUCUGAUAACAGUGGGCCUCUAGAGGAGAUCGCGGAAUUCAUGAACUCGAACAAGGAAGUGGAUGAAGAUUCUGACAUUGACGAAUUUUUUGACGCCGAGGAGACUGAAUCCUUUAAGGAGCAAAUGCAAAGACCCGCUGACAAGAUGCAGCACGAUGACAGUGUUUCUGGUGUUCAGGAAAGACAGGAUUACAAUGCGAAAGGCUCAGAGGGACAGAGAGUGCCGGAAAAAGAAGCGACGAGUGCUAGCUUCGAAAACAUUGUACAGCCAAGUGGGGACAGUAAGGUUUCCACCAAUUUUGAACAGAAUGUGACUCAUUCUGGUCUGACUGACGGAUCAGUUCAAAAUACAGAACGUGCUGCCGAACCGUAUGAAAAGGUUGAGAAACAUGCUCCAAAGACCACCAAUGCUUCAUCUGCUCGUGGUGGCAAUGAACCCUUGCACGGUACAUACACAGAACCUCAAGAAAAGAAGAAAGACAUUCUCAAUACCGAGGGUUCUUACCUUGGUUACGAAGACGGUUUGAGAACAAAAUUGGCCUUGAGUAAGGAUGAUCGCCCAAAAAUUAGUUUGUGGUCAGUUCUGAAAUCGAUGAUUGGAAAGGAUAUGACGCGCAUGUCCCUCCCAGUCACGUUUAAUGAACCCACUUCGCUGCUGCAAAGGGUAGCAGAAGAUUUGGAAUAUUCAAGUCUUUUGACCGAGGGCGCCAGCUAUGAGGACUCGACUUUGAGACUUCUUUACGUUGCUGUCUUUUCCAUAUCGUCCUAUUCUUCGACCACAAAGAGAGUAGCAAAGCCUUUCAACCCUAUCUUGGGCGAAACAUACGAAUACUCCAGACCCGACGAGCAUUUCAGAUUUUUCACGGAACAAGUUUCGCAUCAUCCGCCAAUUUCUGCAACCUGGUCUGAAUCUGCGAAAUGGGACUUUUGGGGAGAAUCUCGGGUAGAUUCUAAUUUCAAUGGUAGAUCAUUUGAAGUUGAGCAUUUGGGUUUAUGGUAUUUGAGAAUGAGGCCAGAUUCCGAACCUGAAGAUGAGCUCUACACCUGGAAGAAACCCAACAAUACUGUGGUUGGUAUUCUAGUCGGUAAUCCUCAAGUUGACAAUCACGGGGAUGUGGAAAUCGUUAAUCAUAAGACUGGCGACCGCUGCAUGAUUCACUUCAAAGCUCGUGGUUGGAGAUCUUCAAAUGCGUACGAAGUCAAGGGUGAAGUGUACAACAAAGACGGUGGUAAGGAAUGGAUCUUCGGCGGCCAUUGGAAUGAAUCUCUGUACGCGAAGAAGGUUUUGAAACCCAACUCUUCCGAAGAGAUGCAACUGGACAAAUCAAGAGCUUCAUCGAGCUCGAAGACAGGGCCCAAUCGUGACGGCACCAAGUUUUUGAUUUGGCAUGUCCAUGACAGACCUGAACAUCCAUUCAAUUUGACGCAGUUUGCCGUUUCCUUGAAUGCGCCUCAGCCCAAGCUUCUGGAUUGGAUUCCUCCUACGGAUACCCGUUUGAGACCUGAUCAAAGAGCCAUGGAAGAAGGACGGUAUGAUGCCGCGGCAAAGGAGAAGGAUCGUGUAGAACAGAAACAAAGAGCUGCGAGAAAGAGAUUGGAGAAAGCUAACAAAGAACACGUCCCCAAGUGGUUUGAAAUGGUCCAGCACCCAAUAACCAAAAAGAAUUUUUGGCAAUUCAAAGGGGAGUAUUGGCGGAUUAGAAAGGACAAAAAAUUCAGUGACCUACCGGACAUUUUUUGA